GUAAGUAUCAUCUAAGUCUAAAGAUUCCACUCCUACUCUUUGAGGAGCUGAAGAGAAGUGAAGAGAGAAAUUCCACAAAUCUCUCUCUCGCGCUCUCUCUCGCGCUCUCUCUCUCUCUAGAUUUAUCCCAAUCAAUGGCCGCCGACGAACCAUCAAUCACUCGCUGGUCCUUCAUGGAUUUUAAAAUGUUUUAUGAUGCCAAGUUUGGUAGAAAGAGGGUGCCGGAUUCGCAAAAUGGCCAUGCAAAUGAUCAAUCCAAUGUGAGUAAUGGGACUUCUCCGGCAGCCGUGACAAAUGGAAGCGCCACCCAUGUCAAUUCAUCUGACUUGGCUAUCUAUGAACAGUAUCGAAACCAGGGAAGGGGCUCAAAUCAGCCAAAUGGCGUUAUUGCAAACGGAAAUGGCCAUAUACCGCAAAAAUCUCUGCUCCCUGCGUUUGAAUCUGCAGAAACACGUUCUUUAGCAGAGAGUAUAUGCAGGGACAUCGUUCGUGGGACUCAAGAUGUUACAUGGGAUAGUAUCAAGGGUCUAGAGAAUGCCAAACGUUUACUUAAAGAAGCAGUUGUCAUGCCAAUUAAAUAUCCCAAGUACUUUACUGGUCUUUUAUCACCAUGGAAAGGUAUUCUCCUUUUUGGCCCUCCCGGAACAGGAAAGACCAUGCUUGCCAAGGCUGUUGCAACUGAGUGUAAUACUACUUUUUUCAACAUUUCAGCAUCAUCCGUUGUCAGUAAAUGGCGUGGUGAUUCUGAGAAGUUAGUGAAGGUGCUAUUUGAGGUGGCAAGGCACCAUGCUCCAUCAACCAUAUUCAUUGAUGAAAUUGAUGCAAUUAUUAGUCAACGUGGUGAAGCGCGCAGUGAACAUGAAGCAAGUAGGCGUUUGAAAACUGAACUUCUCAUACAGAUGGAUGGUUUGACCCGGACAGAUGAACUUGUUUUUGUGUUGGCCGCAACAAAUCUUCCCUGGGAACUGGAUGCAGCCAUGCUCCGCCGUCUUGAGAAACGUAUCUUAGUGCCUCUUCCGGAACCAGAAGCAAGAAGAGCUAUGGUUGAGGAACUCCUCCCAUCAAAGCCUAGUGAAGAGAAUCUUCCUUAUGAUAUAUUGGUAGAAAAGACAGAAGGUUUCUCCGGUUCGGAUAUCCGGUUAUUGUGCAAAGAAGCGGCCAUGCAGCCAUUGAGACGAUUGAUGGCACAACUUGAAGAUAAACCUGAAGUGGUGCCUGAGGACGAACUGCCUAAGGUUGGACCAAUCACUCAUGAAGAUAUAGAAGCGGCGCUCAAGAACACGAGGCCGUCUGCUCAUCUCCAUGCUCACCGCUACGAGAAGUUCAACAGUGACUAUGGCAGUCAAAUACUCCAAUGAAGGCAUGAUAGAGUUUGUCUCUAAUGUUUUUUCUUCAUCUAUUUAUUUUCUACAAUAAUCAUUCUUGGAGCCGGGGAGGGACUAUUGAGUGUUGGAACAAGAGAAAAAGUCUUUAUGUGCAAAUACCAAAUAGUGCUUGGUUUUGGUGGUUCUCUGAUUUUUUUUUUUAUUCAAUAGGAAAUAGCUUCGUAGCUUGAUUUUAUGGACUAGGUGGAACUGUUUUUUGAUUGUUUGGUGAUGUCCUUUCGUGUCAUUUAAUGAAAGUAGUCACAAAUUGUUUGGCUUACUUUACUAGCAAAUAGUGCGUGAAUUUGUGAUGUAAAAUAUUGCCCAUUUUGGUAUAAUUGUAAUUUUAUGUAUUUAAUUCUGUUUGUACUAUGAAA